GUCACACUCUACAUUUCCUCUUGAAGAUAACACAAUCUAGCCCAAGUCGUCGUUUCACCCGCGCACAUCGGUGAAUAUCCACUUAUUUUAAUUACAGUCUCCUUUCUCGUUCUCGCUCGCUAGGCCCCGUCAGCCAUGAUCGCUCUAACGGACAUCUCUCUUCUCCGCUCGUCGCCCUUCGUUUUUCCCUUCUCCAUACCCAGACACCAAAUUCUGCCCCGCGUUUACAAACCUUUCAAGCUCCGAUGCUCCAUCGCGGAGGGGCCCACAAUUUCCUCAUCGAAGAUCGAAGGCGGAGAAUCAACAAUUGCGGAUUGUGUGAUCGUAGGAGGCGGCAUCAGCGGGCUGUGCAUUGCCCAAGCUCUUGCCACCAAGCACCGUGACGUCGCUUCCAAUGUGAUCGUGACGGAAGCCAGAGACCGGGUCGGUGGCAACAUCACUACCGUUGAGAGAGAUGGAUAUCUGUGGGAAGAAGGGCCUAACAGUUUCCAGCCGUCUGAUCCUAUUCUCACCAUGGCGGUGGAUAGUGGAUUGAAGGAUGAUUUAGUUUUAGGUGACCCUGAUGCGCCGCGAUUUGUAAUAUGGGAGGGCAAAUUAAGGCCUGUACCCUCCAAGCCAACUGAUUUACCGGUUUUUGAUUUAAUGAGCAUCGGUGGAAAACUUAGGGCUGGAUUGGGUGCUCUUGGCAUUCGGCCUCCUCCUCCAGGUCAUGAAGAAUCAGUGGAGGAGUUUGUGCGUCGUAAUCUUGGUGCUGAAGUUUUUGAGCGCUUGAUUGAACCAUUUUGUUCAGGCGUUUAUGCUGGGGAUCCUUCAAAAUUAAGCAUGAAAGCAGCAUUCGGCAGAGUAUGGAAGCUUGAACAGAUUGGUGGUAGCAUCAUUGGUGGCACUUUCAAGACGAUCCAGGAGAGAAAUAAAACACCUAAGCCUCCCCGGGACCCGCGUCUACCGAAACCCAAGGGCCAAACAGUUGGAUCUUUUAGGAAGGGACUUGCCAUGCUGCCUGAGGCAAUUGCUACUAGCUUGGUUGGCAGCGUUAAAUUGUCAUGGAAGCUCUCCAGCAUUACUAAAUUGGAAAAUGGAGGGUAUAGUUUGACUUAUGAAACACCAGAAGGAAUGGUCUCUCUUCAGAGUAGAAGUGUUGUCAUGACCAUUCCAUCCCAUGUUGCAAGUAACCUGUUGCAUCCUCUCUCGGCUGCUGCUGCUGAUGCACUAUCCCAAGUUUAUUACCCACCAGUUGCAUCAGUCACAGUCUCAUAUCCAAAAGAAGCUAUUCGAAGAGAAUGUUUGAUUGACGGUGAGCUUAAGGGGUUUGGCCAAUUGCACCCUCGCAGCCAAGGCAUUGAAACUCUAGGUACAAUAUACAGUUCAUCACUUUUCCCCAAUCGAGCUCCAUCUGGCAGAGUUUUGCUCUUGAACUACAUUGGAGGAGCUACCAAUCCUGGAAUUUUGUCCAAGACUGAAGGUGAACUUGUAGAAGCGGUUGACCGUGAUUUAAGAAAAAUGCUUAUAAAUCCUAACGCAAAGGGUCCCCAUGUAUUGGGAGUGAGAGUAUGGCCACAAGCAAUUCCUCAAUUCUUGGUUGGUCAUUUGGAUCUCCUUGAUACUGCCAAAACUGCUCUCAUGGAUUCUGGGUUCCAUGGGCUGUUUCUAGGGGGCAACUACAUAUCUGGUGUGGCAUUAGGACGAUGUGUGGAAGGUGCAUACGAGGUUGCGGCUGAAGUGAAGGACUUCCUAUCACAAUAUGCAUACAAAUAAUGUAGAAUUUUAGGUGGAGGCUGCAUGUGUAGAAAUGCAUUUUUGGCUGGUAUCUCUUUAGCUAAAAUUUUAGAUAGCCUUUGAUCAAAAUGCGGUUCCUUGACAGGUUUAGGAGUUUUCGUUAGCAUUCUAUAUUUGUAAAAUACUACUAAUUAUCAUGUUGCAAUAUCAUUCUUGACAACAGUUAUACCAUUCUUAA